AUUUCUCGAACACAGACAUGAUGCUGGCGACUACUCUAUGCUUGUCAAUGUUUUUGACACUUUUUGCUGGGUUGCAAACUGGUAAGUCUAAGAUUUCGUUUGCUAUAUAAAUUUUAUUUCUUUUACUUGUGUACUCCAUGUCUGAAAGAUGUAUACAUUGACAACAAUAUCAUAAAUGUACAACACUAUUAUAAAUAGACAACAAUGUUAUUAAUAGACAACACUGACAUACAUAGAAAACAAAAAAGACUAAUUCACUUGGACCAAGACCGUUCACUCAAUCCCACAAUUCUCAAUCCCACAAUUCUCAAUCCGACAAUUCUUAAUCCCACAAUUCUCAAUCCCACAAUUCUCAAUCCCACAAUUCUCAAUCCCACAAUUCUCAAUCCCACAAUUCUCAAUACGACAAUUCUCAAUCCCACAAUUCUCAAUCCCACAAUUCUCAAUCCCACAAUUCUCAAUCCCACAAUUCUCAAUCCCACAAUUCUCAAUCCCACAAUUCUCUAUCCCACAAUUCUCAAUCCAAAAAUUCUCAAUCCCACAAUUCUCAAUCCCACAAUUCUCAAUCCCACAAUUCUCAAUCCCACAAUUCUCAAUCCCACAAUUCUCAAUCCCACAAUUCUCAAUCCCACAAUUCUCAAUCCGACAAUUCUCAAUCCCACAAUUCUUAAUCCGACAAUUCUCAAUCCCACAAUUCUCAAUCCCACAAUUCUCAAUCCCACAAUUCUCAAUCCCACAAUUCUCUAUCCCACAAUUCUCAAUCCCACAAUUCUCAAUCCCACAAUUCUUAAUCCGACAAUUCUCAAUCCCACAAUUCUCAAUCCCACAAUUCUCAAUCCCACGAUUCUCAAUCCCACAAUUCUCUAUCCCACAAUUCUCAAUCCCACAAUUCUCAAUCCCACAAUUCUCAAUCCCACAAUUCUCAAUCCCACAAUUCUCAAUCCCACAAUUCUCAAUCCCACGAUUCUCAAUCCCACAAUUCUCUAUCCCACAAUUCUCAAUCCCACAAUUCUCAAUCCCACAAUUCUUAAUCCGACAAUUCUCAAUCCCACAAUUUUCAAUCCCACAAUUCUCAAUCCCACAAUUCUCAAUCCCACAAUUCAGUAGCUUAGCGUUAAAGUUUUCACGUCGUUCUUUUUUUGCGAAAUCUGUCCCAAUUCCCAGUAAGGCAAUAGAGUGGGAUGUCGACGUAGCUGAUUAGUCUUGUACCAAUCUUCUUAUUCAGCUCGGUUGCUGUGACCAGGACUUCCAAUACCAUUGUAUUUUUAUUUUAAUCAUGUUAUUCAAAUACAUAGAAAAAAAAAACUAGACAGGUCAUUUAAUUGUGCGUGAGAGUUGGUUGUUGUUGUAAUUAUUUUUCAAAAUGGAUAAAUAUUUUUAAUUGCCAUGAUGUCAUAAAUUAAUUCUUUUUUUAAUGUGCAUAGAACUAAGAAUUUUUAUGAUAAUUGAACAACACCUAAAACCAAAAGUGUUUUUUUUUCCUGUAAAUCCAUUAUUGGCAUUAUUUUUUUAUUAUUAUUUUUUUUAAAUUAUUAUUUAUUUUUUUUUUUUUUGCAUUUAUGUAAUUGCACGUGAUUUAUCAUUUAUUAAGAAACGGCUAAGUAAUUGGGUAAACUUCUGGUGGAAACAUGUUUCAUAUGUCCUUCACUGUCCCCUAAAAAAUACAUUUAAUUUUUUUUUUACCGCAUACCCAAUGGCGUCACAAAAACAAAGCACAUAGAAACAGCUAAACAAUUAAUCUCCACGCCAAAACACGCAACCAUAGAACAAAUACUUCAUAUCCCCAAAACCAUUUGAAAAACAGGAAAAAACUUAUUUUUCGGGAGGGGACGGGUGGGGCUGAAAGUUUGAUAGGGUGCUCUCAUCGGUGACGAAUGUAUAGGCCGAAUUUCCGCUUGAUAGGGUGACGGGGAAGUGGGUCAGUUAGCCUUCCGGAGAUUUUGCCGCCACAAAGAAAGAAACAGACUAAAAAAAGCGAAAUUAAUACAAACGAAAUUAAAAGAUUGUGCUUCUAUAUUUUUUCUAUACUGGACACGUGAAACAAGAAUACUGUUAUUAAUCCUAAAUAGUGCAUUACGCAAAUAACUAUUUAGCAGAACCUUCAUUGAUAUGAUUUUAGCAUGUUUAAUGUGUUGAAGAGGCGCUUACCGAAGGUCUUCAAUUUUUUCAAGUCAUCCCAUCGCAUUAACUUGUAUGCUGUAAACAAACCAACUAACUCUAUGCUCUUCAUUUCUCAAAGCGGAACUCGGCGUUGCCACACAGGGAAAAGAACGUGAAGUGGAGGUCAAUGGUUACCAGCCGCUGGUCUUAUAUCUCGAGUCUUUGAUCAGAGCCAUCAUCGAGGGCUUGCUGGCUGGACUCAGGCUGGCCGAAAUUCUCCUCUUUCUGGCAGCCGGGCAGCAACCUCUAGCUUGCAAUGGUAAUGACAGCAGGAAGUGUACUUCUCAGAUUAAACGCGUUGAAUAGAAUAUACUCAAAUGAAGAAUACCCUUUUUUUCAUACGAAUUGAAUUUUAACUGCAACCCCAGCUUAGAAAGGGCAUUUAUGUAAUAAUUCACUUAUAAUUUUGAAAAAAAAAUCAUCUUGACAUUCAGUAAAAUGUCAUGCGGGCAUGGGCGUAAGACUACCAGAGAGACAUACGACCAUGUAGCACAAUACAUUUAAAUCUAGAUAUGUCAUGCACGGGCAGUGAUAGUGCGAUCUGCCAAAUAGUUUAUUAUAUAUCUCAGACUACAUGUCUGCAAAGACAAAGUUUUAUGUACGGUUAGACCUGCGAAUGUUUUCCAUCAUCCAAAAGUAGUUUUUACAACCUACUGCGGCAGUAGUUAGUUCACAUCAUCUAAGUUCCUCUGUACAUUGAAGUUUUUAUAUUAAAAAAAAAAUAAUAAUCUUAAAACUGUAUGAAGUAACUGAUCAAUUUUAUUAAUGUUUCUCUUUUACCCAGGGUUAAUGUGUGACUACAACAAAUGUCAAAGAAACACUGUGGCCGACAUCGUCCUCUUGAUGGACUCCUCUAAAAGUGUCGGUGCACAGAACUGGCCGACCCUCUUAAAUUUUGCUUCCGAGUUCACAACAAAUUUCUGGCAGGGACCAGCCAACGUUCAGUAUGCUGGUAUAACCUACAGCUGGGCCCCCGUGAACUUAUUUGACCUGGAAACCUGCGAGAACCAUACUUGCAUAGACACGGUCAGUUGGGAUAUUCUUGGGUCUUAUAAGAGACAUACAUUGAACUAAUUCCUGGUUCAUGCCAUCAUCUUUUAAAUAACUCUACGGUUUUAUUCAAACUCAGUACGCAAUAUCUAAAUCAACGGCGUCUUUAUGCAUUUCUGCAAUGUACGUAUCUUUAAAUAAACCUACUAUGUUAUCAAAACGUUAUUGAUUUUAAUAAUUACAUCACGAUUUGUAACCAGUCGCUGAAUACAUUAAUUAUGUUACAUUUUUUAAAAUUAUCUUUUUUUUAUCCAGUUACUGAAAAGAGCCAGAUUCCUGAAUGCCCAGACGUUUACCGACGAAGCCUUUGAAUAUAUCAGCGAUUACCACAUAUUUGACGAGGAACACGGUGGCAGGCCCGACGCAAAAGACUUUGUUGUGCUCUUUAUUCAGGAAGGAUCGUCUAGUCCGACUAGGAGUGAGUUUUGAUUGAGUCCUGGCAACAAAAGUGUGCCUGUUGCGUUUAACAUAAAAAUGCUCAAUAGGCUUUCCCUUGGUCUUUCAAAUCAGCUUUUUUAAUGAUAUACAACACGUUUGUUGUGGUUCAUCCUUCGCUUGCGAAGAUAAACAAUAAACAAUGCUGUAUUCAAAGGUGAGUACGCAGGUGGCAUGCAAAGUUGACCAAGGCUAGAUUCAAAAGUCAGUACUCACUUGGCAUGCGAAGAUGACUAAUACUAUGUUGAACGGUGAGUAUGCAGGCGGCCUACCAGUCAAAGCUCUGCUUAGAAAGCACAAACAUCUAAUAAGAGAUCAACAAACCACACGAACUAAUUGAUUAGUAAAAUCUUACAAAGUUGAUGUUGUCUUAAUUUGAUAUGCAUUUAAUUUUUUUAAUGCUAUUGAGAAAUUCUUAAACCAGAGAUGAAUGAUUAAACAUUCAAAAAAUUUCCUAAAAACAGACCAUCAUCAGUUAUGAUAAUAUUGUGGGGAAUGUUAUAAUAUCGUGGAGACAGGUAUAUUAUUGUGGAGACUUGUAUAAUAUUGUGGGAAAUUGUAUAACAUCGUGUAGAAUGUAAUGGUAUUGUGGAGUAUGUUAUAUAUUGUUGCGAACAUUAUAAUUUUAUGGGGAAUGUCACAAUAUGGUGCAGACUGUCAUAACAUUGUGCAGACUGUUAUAACAUUGUGGAGACUGUCAUAAUAUUGUGCAGACUGUCAUAAUAUUGUGCAGACUGUCAUAAUAUUGUGCAAACUGUCAUAAUAUUGUGCAGACUGUCAUAAUAUUGAGCAGACUGUCAUAAUAUUGUGCAGACUUAUAUUUUGCUGACUGUUCUAAUAUUGUGCAGAAUGUUACAAUAAUGUGCAGAAUGUUAUAAUAGUGUGCAGACUGUUAUAAUAUUGUGGAAACUGUUAGAAUAUUGCGGGAAUUGUAUAGACUCGUAAAUAAUAAUGUUCUGGUGAUCUGAAUGCUCUAAAUUUGUCGGACAGCGAUUGCAAUGGGACAGAGGCUGAGAGACGAAGGUGUUGGGAUCAUCGCUGUUGCGAUAGGGUCAGCGGACACAGUUGGAGAGCUCUAUCCCAUAGUCAAUGACCCUCAGGAUAUUAUCGUAACCACAGGUUUUGAUGCUCUGCAUCUAAUCGAAAGGAAAAUUGUGCGAAGAAUAUGCCUAGGUGAGUGAAAGCGUAACUACUUCGAAGCUUACCAAUCUCCUAUGGCAGAUGUUUCCAAUCAUAGAAAUUUAACAUUAUUUAGCUUUCAUUGAAUUAUUAUUUUUUUUUAAAUUGUCUUGUGCUAAGCAAACUGGGACCUUGUAUUAUUGGAUUAGGUUAUUGAAUACGGUUAUUGAAUAAGGUUAUUGGAUGAGGUUAUCCAUUCACAUUUGUUACACCGAAGUUGUGUGAAGGCUUCAUGUGUAUUUCAAAUGAUGCACUCGAUUAGAUCAUCCCAUAAUUAAUACGUUCUGUACAAGUCUUCCUUGAGGCAAGCAUCGUCAUUACAAUUUACAACAAGGGAUGUAGCCUUAAUAAGUUAGCUAAAUAAAUAUAUUAGUUGCCUUACUAAGCUCAUAAUGACGACCAACGUAGAAGCCGUGGGGGGGGGGUCAAAAUGGAAGAACUGAACGCUGCUGUAGAGAAAAGCCAAGUGGCGUAGGAAGUGGGUGGUGGAGGGGCGGAUCACAAUGUGGGUGGUGGAGAGGCGGAUCACAAUGUGGGUGGUGGAGGGGCGGACCACAAAGUUGGUGUUUGAGGGGCGGACCACAAUGUGGGUGGUGGAGGGGCGGACCACAAUGUGGGUGGUGGAGGGCAGACCACAAUGUGGGUGGUGAAGGGCGGACCACAAUGUGGGUGGUUGAGGGCGGACCACAAUGUGCGGUACUUUUUUCUUUAUACGGAUAGGCGGCAAUAUAGACCAAACAAAUAGUUUUUUUUUUCCGUCGAAGGGGGUCUGCAAAAUUAUUGGCUGGCCCUGGUUUGCACUGAAAACGACAGUUUAUGGUUGGGGAAUUCACUUCAUCCCAUGAAUGCUAUAGAGUACAGAAGCACACAGAUAAAACUACAAUACACUCGCUGUUAUGAGAUGAUCUACUGCUUAGAGGCACACAGAUAAAACUACAAUACACUCGCUGUUAUGAGAUGAUCUACUGCUCAGAGGCACACAGAUAAAACUACAAUGAUCGAUGUUAUUAAAUAGAGAGAUGGAGUAUGAAAGAGUUCUGAGACGUUUCCUCACCAACAUGCAUGUCAGAAAACGAUAUAUUGUCUCGAUUUAUUGAUGUAACACAAUAUAUUAGUAUAAUAGAAAAAUAAGCUAUUUACCAUUAGGCCCACCCAUCAAGCCAUAAAAACUCGUGUAACCCCUUCCCCCACUAUCUUUUGCUGGAGCAAGUUCAAAAAACAAUUUCUAUAGUUCAUUUAAUUUUACUGAGUAAAAUAAUAAGCUAUUUUGUUUAUUUAUAAGAUUUCAUUGAACGCAGAACUUUUCUGAGCUGAAAUAUUUAAGAAUAAAUUAGUGUUGAGAAAAAGAAUCUAUGAUUUCACCAUCUUUCCUUCCUGUUUCCAAAUAGGUGCUGGGACAAGAUAAUAUAACGGAUGUUGUUGACAACUCUGAUGGUUAACAAUUGCCCGGAUGUCAUAAGAUACCAUCUCUUGAAGAAACUACUGUGGCACAUAUUGACCAC